AUGGCAUACCAACAGAACGGCCAUCAACAUCAUUAUCACGGCCUUCCUGCCACUCCUUCGCCGCAACAUCAUCCCGUGCACCAGCAACAACAGCAUCCACAGUCGCAACCCUUUCAGUACCCUGCGCAGUAUGCACAGACCCCUCCUCUAGCUGGCCAACAGACUGCGAACGCAUUGCGACGGACGACAAGCUUCGAUGCUGGUGAUGAUCGGAAUUACUUCGAUGAUAACCGUCAACGCACGGGUGCUGUUGCUCCUGGCCAUCCCGGGCAAGCUGGCCAUGGUGGUGGAUAUGCGAGUUAUUCGAGUGGCGUUGUGAACAACAAUGCGACGAAUAAUCUGGGAUCGAGGAAUUUGCAGUUUUCCGUGGGAGGUUCACAGCAUUCUGUAGUUAGCCAGACUUCAUCGCACGGAGUUGCGGCCAUGUCGGGGUACCAACAUCAAUAUCAACCUCAUACCUCACCUGCCACUCUCCAAGCUUCCUAUAACCCCGUGCAGUUCUCAUACCCCACGCCGCCAGUCCAUUCGCAGCCGGGGUAUAAUCCACAGGCGUUCGUCCCCGCAAGUACCUCCAGUAGUACUACCAGCACGUCAUACAACAGCCCGGCCUCCCAACAUUAUAAUCCGGCCGCGUAUCAGACACCGCCAUCAGCCACUUAUCAAGCAUCUCCCACGCCUUCAUGGCAACCUGUCACUCCCGGCCAGUCGUAUGGAUUCUCUCCACAACCCCAAUUCCAGUUUCCACAAUCUGCAUCUCAGCAUUCACAAGUACCGCCCCCGCCCCCUCCUCGGGCCAGCGAGACCAGCUACUCUGCAUAUUCAGCACCGCAAUAUGUGGAUUCAUCCCCACGUCCAACGUACGGCUUUCCCUCCACUGUCUCUCAAGCAACAUCAUCCAUAUCUCGCAUCGCUUCACAGCCAACAUACUCUGCUACGCUUCCAUCCCACGCUGUUCACAAUGCGGACCAAUACACGGCGGAUGGUUCGACCACGGCCGUUCCGGUGAGAAAUUAUUCUCAGACUUCUCACACCGCUUCCUCGUCUCCUCAUCCGCCUCCGCAUAGCACGAUUUCACAUGAAUCGUCACCUCAGCCGUCGUCCUACGCCUCUUUCGAUGGCGGAUUGCCUGUAGGCUAUCAAACAAGUAACGCGGUGCAGAACCCUAUUCACCAGCUAGACCAAAAUUCACCUAGGAGAAUGGAUACUCUGAAUCGACAUCCACAGUCGAGACCAUUACCCGGACCGCCGGCGGAGGCGCAGCAAGCUGCACCGUCUAGGGUAGAUGGCAGAGAGGCAUUUGAACCGAAUUAUGAAAAUAUUGUCAGACAGGCUGAUGGCUCAAUUAUAGAAAGCCAUCCAGCUGGCUCACGGCAAAAUUCGCAAACGAGCUAUCCCAAUCCUGGCUUGUCGCAGGAGAGUGUCGUUGAUCGUACUGCACCACUCUCCGCAUCACCUCACGCUCGUGCAUCUCCAGACACACGCCACUCACACAUGAAUGGCCAUGGUCACAUAACUAACGCAGGGCCCGGUUUUAAUAUUAACUAUGAUGCACAUAGUGAUGACGAAGAUGCCGAGGCAGCUGCUGGCCUGGCAGCACUACAAAUGGCAGAAGCGGAGGAUGCGCUCUUCAAUGCGCGACAAAACACAAAUCCGGCAGCGAGCGGCUUCCGACCUGUCUCCGGUCUACUCCCCACCAUUCCAACCCCGUCUAGCCGAGUUGAGUCAAGUAGCGAUAGUGACUAUGCACAUUAUGAUAUGGGGCUAUACGGUGGAGGCUAUGAUGCUCGUCUUCACUAUGGUGAUACCAAUCUGAGCAUUAGCCCAGGUACUGAGCAACUUGCAACUGCAUCUGGUUCAUUACGAAGCUCAGAUAAGUCCACAGAUGACCGAGGAGCACAAUCAGAUGGCUACGAUUACCCCAGUAUUGAUCAAGACUCCAUUCAUCCGUUCCCAUCCCAUAGUACUCAAACACGAGUGGAUGGCAUCUCUACUGGGCCCUUGCCAGAGCCCAGCAUCGAAAACAGAAGAAUGAGCUUUGACCACGGUGAUGAAGGCUCCAUAAAUCGAUCGUCAAGCCGGCCGAUCUCGUUCGGCGAUACUACGGAUGAAGGCGAACCCCAGGACUUAUUUUUCCACCCGGGAAUGUCUUCCCGGCCUUUACCUCCUGCGCCUGUCCCUGCAGCAAGCAGCAAUCUCAUCCCGCACUUGAUGCCUGCUGGCACCUACCGGAGCCGGCCCCCCAUUCCGGAACCAUACAAUACCUAUUCACAACCUCCCUACUCAUCCAAUCCAGAAGAGUUUGUUUCAUCCCCACUGGCGGUUCCACGAUCGAUAUCUCUUUCGACUCAUACGAAUAGUCCUCGCGCUGAUCCGAUUAUUAGGUCGAAAACGGACGCAGACCGGAUUAGACUCAAGCAAGGCGCUUAUGAUACGCCAACUCCGACACCUGUUACGCUAGAUCUGCCUACCAUCCCAUCCGGAAGACGCAAUAAGUUUAAUCCUACGAAAUUGUCUACGGAGCAAUUCAGAAAAUGCACUGAACCCUGGGCCCUUAGUGCCAUAGUCGCAUGGAUAAAGGGAUUGAGCGAAGAUGAGGCCGAUUUGAGGAAACAGACCGUCAUUGAUGCCAUUGUCGCCUUGUUUACCCAUAAAGUCCCAACCAUGAACACCAUUGAUGCGGAAGUUCUGGGUGACAGGGUCGUGGAAAAUAUGUUGAACGAAGGUGUGCUGAUUAAAGAUGAAGAAUGGGUUAAGUUUGGUCCUGGAACACUUUCCGGUGUUUUCUGGCAGAUCAGCGGUCAAGGUUGCUACUCGUCUCGUCUACACUUGCAGGAAGGAGAAUCUGUUGGUCGCUGCUAUUCUCAUCACUGCAUGCGAACUUUAAAGAAGGUCAAUCUCCAGGCGCAGGCUAUGGAACCGGAGAAAAAAGCUGAAGACUGGGCAACAUUCUAUAAAGUGGGAAAGGAAAUAUUUGAUACUCAUUCCAAAAAAGAGGUCGAUCGGCAGAAUAUCCUUCACGAGAUUGUCACAACCGAAGAUGCGUUCAUUGGACAGUUGGAUGUCUUACGAACUUUGUACCGUGAUCAGCUCGCCGAAUUUGAUCCACCAGUGAUUAACCCAAAACGCCUCAGCAAGUUCUUAGAUGAAGUCUUUGGAAAAGUCGAUGCUGUCAAAAAGGUCAAUGAGGAUCAUUUACUUGCACAAUUGAAAUAUCGACAAAAGGAACAGGGUCCAUUUAUUGUUGGCUUUAGUGACAUUUUCCGUGAAUGGAUUCGACGAGCCAAGGCUGCUUAUAUCGAUUACGCAGCGACCUUUCCGAAUGCAAAUUACCUUGUCCGGAGAGAAGCUGAAACAAACUUGAUGUUCAGGCAAUUCUUGAAUCAAGCCCGAGACAACAAACUCUCAAACCGAUUAAGUUGGGAUACAUACUUGAAGGCUCCGAUCACACGUAUCCAACGAUAUGUUCUUCUCUUAAAUACCGUAUUAAAGAGCAUAGACAAAGACUCUGAAGAGAAGUCUAAUUUGAUACAGGCUAUAGACGAAAUAAAGGCUGUUGCUUCAGAAUGUGAUACGAAAGUCGGAGAUAUGGCCAAAAGUGUGUCUCUGAAGGAAUUAGGAUUGAAACUUCAGUUUAGGCCCGAAGUGAAACGGGAAUUUGAAUUUAAUCUUGAGCACUUAGAGAUUAUUUUCCAAGGAGAUCUACAACGUCCGCGGACAAAACGGUUUAAUUGGGUUGACAUACGCGCUAUUUUGUUCGAUCGAUAUCUAAUUCUUGCGAAAAUCGGUUUCACACGAGAUGCGGCACGCAAAGAGAUUUAUGAUGUCUCCAAAUUUCCAAUACCAAUGGACCUGCUAAUGCUCGAGAGCACUAACGACGAUCCUGUUAUGAGAUCUUCCGUCAGGGGGAUAACUGCCGUUUCAGCACCUGCUGCUGGUAGACUUUCUUCUCCGGCUGAUCGGAGUAGCCCUACGCCUGGUGCGCUGGCCCACGCUGCUACUAGCUCUUCCACCACCUCAACCAAUUCGUCCCUAUCCAACAAAACAAUGGUCCCUACGUCAGUGCUUGACAACGCUAGGGAUGACAAAAUUUUAUAUCCAUUUAGAAUCAAGCACCUCGGUCAGCCAGACGUGUACACCCUCUAUGCACCCACUGCUCAAAACCGACAAGAAUGGUGUGAAAAGAUUAUCGAGGCCAAAAUAAAGCAUGCUAAAUCUCUCCAUGCUCAGAAUGCGGAGCCUUUCAAGCUUCGUGUGCUUUCGGACUCUGCAUUUGCUUAUCCAGAACAUGCAGUUGCGCCUAAAACCGCAGUAAUUACAGGCACUCCGCUGGAUCGAGCGAUACGUGAGGUUGAAGCUAGGUAUGAAGGGAGUCUGUCGCGACCAUUGCCAGUUUGCAGAGCUGCGGUCAACUGCGCUACGGUAUUCCAGCAACCACAUGGGCGAUUGAUGUGUGCAAUUGGAACAGAUUACGGCGUGUAUAUAUCUGAAUACGACAACCCAAGAGGCUGGACUAAGGCGAUAUCUACUACUCGAGUAACUCAGAUUGCUGUUUUCGAAGAGUUCAACUUGUUCCUGCUCAUUGCAGACAAAUCUUUGAUUGCUCACCACCUCGACGUGGUAUGCCCGCCAAGUGGAGUUCCUACGCAAAGCGACUCACAAAGGCGUGCGCCUCAAAAGUUGUCUGGUAACCGAGAAGUUGGAUUUUUUGUUGCCGGCCGAAUGAAGGACAGGGCCCUUGUGAUUUACAAGAAGCGUGAUGGAAUUACUUCCACUUUCAAGGCUCUGGAACCUGUUCUACAGAAAUCCUCCUCAUCCCGUCCGCGAUUCAUGCAAACACGCCGUGGGCACACCGAAUUUUUCCGUGACUACGACGAGUUUUACAUCCCAGCAGACAGCUAUAGUAUCAAUCUUUUCCAUUCUUCCCUCGCCAUUUCGACGUCCCGAGGCGUCGAGGUACUCACACUAGACAAGAAGCAGCCAUGGUCUGUUCCAAACCUCCGUGCAACAUCACCAGAAAACCAACCGGCCCUCAACCAAAUUGGCAACCGAAUUAACAAUCUCCGGCCUUUGGGCAUGUUUCGCCUCACCGACAGAGACUUCCUCUUGGUCUUCGUUGACUGCGCUAUCUACAUUGACAAAUUUGGAGAAGUUAGUCAUGCAGUGAUUAUGCAAUUCCUCGGCCGUGCAACAUCCGCCUGUCUUUAUGGGAAAUUCCUCAUACUCGUCAACGAAGAUUUUGUCGAAGUCCGCAAUGCUGUGAACGGGCGACUUAGACAAGUCAUUGCAGGCCGUAAUGUAACGCUUCUUGACGAUGCUGGGAAUGGGUCUAGCGGUUUUGGCAACGCAUCAUCAGCCAAUUUUAACGAGGCAGCUGCGGCAAACCCGUUGAGUGGGCAGAAUGGGCUGGGUCUUUCGACUGCACUUUCGACCGCGGGUCGGACUGUAAAAAUUUGCAUGCAGCACCCUGAGCACGAGCGCAGUCAAGUUGUAGUGGAGCUACUAGAAAAUCAAGGGUUAAAGGAAUGA